AUGUCCCGCACGGAGGUGCCGACAGCAGCCGUUGCUGGCUGUCCCUCCUCGUCGACGUCUUCGGGCCUUGCCGCCGAGACAGAGAGAAAAGCGGCGUCAGCCGCAGACUCCAGUCUUUCUCUGCUUUCUGCCGAUGGAGAGACGAACGCCUCAUGCCUCUCACGACCCUCCUCCGCACAUUUGGAUCCUGGGAAGUCUCGUCUCGUCCUCAGAGGAGGCGCGCACGCCCCCGGAAUCGACGAGGCUGAGGGCGUGCUGUCUCCCUCGGCCUUCUCAGCUGCAGCCUCAACAGCCUCGGCGGGCUUUGAAGAAGAUCGGCGAAACGCACGAACUCAGGCAGACGCGAGAGACGACGGCGAAGACGCCGCGGAGUUCCUCAGGAAGAGACAAGGCAACAGUCUGGCCUUGCCCAACCAAGCCGGCGAUGAGGACGAAGAACAAGUCGGAUGGAGCUACAUGUACAAACGGCUGCUCAGCCUCAACCACAAGGACGCAGGCGCUGUGACGUACAUGGACAAGUUGCCGUCGGUCCCCGCAAAGGCAGGAAGCGCGGCGGCGGUUCCUCACCUGACCGCCGCGCAUGCGCAGCCUGCGGGCCUCGCCCCUCCCGGCGCUCUUCCCUUCUCCCCCGCGACAGCAACCGCCGUCGGCUACGUGCGGAUGGUGCCGAGUAAAGACCUCGCCGUGGCCAGCAGCGUCUGCGAUGAAAGCGUCGAGGCUGUUCGGUUCUGGUCGACUGUGCACGAGGAGCCGCCGUCGCCGGGUGUCCGCGCGCUCUCCGAAGAAGAAAAAGUCAAAUUCAGAACAAAGGAACCCAUGUAUGACCCUCUCAACAUCCCCCUGAAAGACACAUGCCAUGCCGUCUACAAAAUGCACCACGGCGUCUACCAGGUUUUCUGGGACCCAGCGAACGACGCGCCCUCGAAGGAAACGCCUCCUCUUCUCUGGAAGGAACAUCCGAUUCCGGAUGUUUUGCAAUUCUUGCGAGCUUUGAAAGACGUCAUGACUGCUGUGCAAAAUCCAGCAUGCAAGAGCUUUUGCUAUAAGCGUCUGAAGUACUUGGAGGAGAAGUUUAAUAUGCAUUUGAUGUUCAACUCCCCUGCGGAGGUGACGGAAACGAAAUGCAACUUCCAUCGCGACUUCUACAACGUUCGAAAAGUGGACACGCACAUCCAUCAUUCUGCAUGCAUGCAACAAAAACAUCUACUGCGCUUCAUCAGAAAGAAGUAUCGCACAGAACCGGACACGAUUGUGGCGAAGACGCGAGACGGCGGCGAACAAUCCCUGAUGGAGUUGUUUCACACCGAAGUCGGCAUCGGCGCCCACGACGCGAGCAUUGACCACCUCAACGUGCAUGCACUGGGAAGCUGUUUCCAGCGAUUCGAUCUCUUCAAUCAAAAAUAUAAUCCUUUUGGACAAAAGACUCUCCGCGACGUCUUCUUGAAAACCGACAACUACAUCGAAGGUCGGUUUCUUGCGGAGAUAACUCGCGAGGUCAUUUCCGACUUGGAAGAAAGAAAGUACCAACAUGUCGAGUGGCGCCUGUCGAUUUACGGCCGGUCGCGCGACGAGUGGACAAAACUCGCCAAGUGGGUUGUGACGAAUCAGCUGUACUCGAAGAGGGUUCGCUGGAUGGUCCAGGUUCCCCGACUGUAUCACGUGUACCGCCGUCUCGGCAUGAUCAACAAUUUCGGGGAGCUCUUGGCAAACAUUUUCGAGCCGCUCUACGACGCCGUUCGAAACCCGAAAGAGCAUCCUGAAGUUUUCAUUUUCCUUCACAUGCUCGUGGGAUGGGACAGCGUUGACGACGAGUCCUACGCCUCCAAGUACACGAUGGAAGGCGGCGAGUUGCCGAAACCGGAAGACUGGACGAGCGAGAACAAUCCGCCCUACAGCUACUGGGGCUACUACAUGUACGCCAACAUUCGGGCGCUGAACCAGUUCAUGGCUGCGCGCGGAUUGCGGGCCUUGGCGUUCAGGCCGCACUGUGGAGAAGCCGGAAGCGUUAGUCACCUCGCCACGAUGUUUUUGCUCGCCGACGCGAUCAACCACGGCAUCAUGUUGAAGAAGUGCCCAGUUCUACAGUACCUCUUCUACCUCGCGCAAAUCGGUCUCGCCGUCUCGCCUCUCAGCAACAACGCUCUCUUCAUGGACAUUGCGAAAAAUCCGCUCUACAGUUUCUUUAAAGUCGGGCUGAACGUCUCCAUUUCGACAGACGAUCCACUGAUGUUCCACUUCACCGAUGAACCGCUCCUGGAGGAAUACUCGGUCGCUGCUCACACUUGGAAGCUCUCGCCGGUGGAUCUCUGCGAGUUGGCUCGCAAUUCCGUUCUUCAAAGCGGGUACGAGGACGAAUUCAAGCGCCACUGGCUAGGCCCGAAAUACAAACUCGGAGGGCGCCGAGGAAACUGCAUGCGGCAGACAAACGUCAGCAACAUUCGGCUCCAGUACAGGGAAGACGCACUCAGUGAGGAACUGAGUUACAUGCACGACGUGCUGGCGCUGCGCAUCGCUCUCUCGCGGCCGUUUUCGCCCGCCAUGAUGCCUGCGCCGAGCACGAUGUCUGUGUCGCCUCGGGCGCCUCUUCUGCCUGCAACUGGUUCGGCUGCGACUUUCGAAGAAAUCCUGCAGCCUCUCGAGAAGGCCGAGGCCAGGCCGGGGCUCGGCAGGAGCUCAGAGCUCGCGCCGCCUGCCGUGGACGGCGGCGAGAAGGGGACCCGACAGGACGCCGAGAAACUCAGACUGGGCGAGAAGAGAGCGAAGGAGGGGGAGAACAAGAGAGAGCACGGAGCGGGCAAGGAAGGACAGGGCGAUCUAGAGGCUGGUGCCGACGUGGAGUCGAGACAAGGCUCGACGUUCUCGGCGGCCGAGCGAGAGGAACUGCAUGUUUCGCACAGCAUCACGAUUUCGCCGCCGGGGGCUUCCGGAGUGGAAAGGGAGGGCGACGAGAAGGGGCGAAGCGGCCCGAGGAGCCCGCAUUCCGCCGACGGCGCAGGCUCGCCAGUCUCCCAGGGCGCGUCCCCGCGCAUGCGACCGCUGCUGAUGCGCGACGCGGCGAUGAAGAAGCUCCUUGAAGUCGCCGAGGAAAGUGCCGUGAUGGAUCUCGGCGAACUCUCAGGCGGGGGUGUUUCUUCGUCAGUGCCGCGGUCGGAGGCCUUCGAGGUUUUGGACGGGCCGUGUCGGGAGGCUCUUCAGACGCUGGAUGCAUGCACGCACUUGGAGCGACGCGAAGAGAGCGUGGACGUGGAUCUCUUGAAGAAAGUCGCGUUGACGACGCAGCGGAGUCCGUCUUUGUUGUCGGGUCCGUUUCCAACGGGUGUGCUGGGCGCGCCCUUCCUCCCGGCGUCGCCUGUGUCUCGGCAGCGAGCCGCGUCGUUCAACGCAGGGCAUGCGCCUCCCAACGCGUUGGCCGCCUACGCGGCGCCUGCCGCCUCUUUGCGUCUCCCCGCAGGGUCGGGCUGUGGACGACCGCUCCGGGGAAGCAGUAUCGACGCUGACGAAGAGCGCAGCCGGGCGGGGAACGUCGGUCUGCUGCAUUUCCUCGCCUCGCCGCUGCUGCAGCAGCAACUGUCGCACGCGAGUAGCGUGAUUGUCGGCGAGUACGCAAGCAGCACGGCUGAGGGCGAAGACGCGCGAGACGUCGAAGGCUGCGGAGCGGAUCAAGAACCCGCGCAGAACAAGCCCGACGACGGGGAGAAAGCGCAAGAGGAGCGAACGUAG